UGACGUAUACCUGUCCAUUUACGCGAACAGGAAAACAAGCUUAAAAGUUUAGUAGUAGCUUUGUGACAUCCGAACAGAUCGCACGUUGCAAUGGUUUCCUGCGUUACGCUACUAUACCUGUUCGUGCUGCUGUGUUACGCCAGAAGCGCAGAUGAAGAAUGCAUAACGCCUACCGGAUUCCCAAGUCACUGCGUACCAAUAACCAAAUGCGACCAACUGCUGCAGAUGAUCCACGUGAAACCGCACGGGAGGGAGGUGGUAAAGGCGUGGCACUGUGGCUUCGACGGUGACAAUCCGAAUGUAUGCUGCCCGCCAUCUACGACCAAUAACAAAUGCGUGUCGCCAAACGGCAAGCCCGGCCGGUGUAUAAAGAUGUCCUCCUGCACGAGCAUCAACAUGCUGAUGCGCCCUCCCUUUUCAAGCAAGAAUAUGGAAUACAUCAAAAGUGCCAACUGUAACACUGAAGACACUAAUGCUGUACAUGUAUGCUGUGAGGAAGAUAAUAGUACAGGAGCAGUUACUGAUAAAGACACGGUUUCAUCAAAAACUAACGAACUUGGAAAUACCCCUGCACCAACAGAUUUGCCAAUUAAUAAUAAUGAAGCGAUAUCAAAGUUCGGCAAUGAGAACUGUCAAUCGUAUAUCAGUAUUCCGAGUCCGGCUACCGGGUGUUGCGGGGUUGAAGCUUCAUACGAUAACAGAAUUGUUGGUGGCAACAUGACUGCAAUAGACCAGUUCCCGUGGCUGGUGUUGAUAGAGUACGAGUCAAAAGAUUUGUUGUGCGGCGGAUCACUGAUAAGCCGUCGAUAUGUUCUCUCUGCUGCACACUGCAUCGUAACACAUGAUAAAACACCGAGGCUUGCACGAAGCGUUCGUGUAGGCGACUACAACAUCGAAAACGAAGGACCUGACUGCGUAGAAGCCGAAGGAGGCGCUGAAGAUUGCAACGUAGGGGCCAUAUCGAUACUUAUAGAUGAAUCUAUAAUUCACCCUGAGUAUCUAAGUUUAAAAACGAUUGUACAAAUUAACGACAUAGCUCUACUGCGACUCGCAGAACUAGCACCGUACUCAGAUUUCAUUCGACCGAUUUGCUUACCGACUAUGCCACCCCCAAAAAGUCCACCAGAUGAUUUUAGAGUUCUCGCCGCAGGGUGGGGUGCCAUCAAUGAAACCGUAAGGAAAAGUGCAGAAAAGAUGCAAGUAGACCUGCCGCUUUAUAAUCAGGAGGAUUGCAACAAGAAAUAUUCGAUAAUGGGAAAAUCCGUGCUAUGGGAGAAGCAAAUUUGCGCCGGAGGGGAGGAGGGUAGAGAUUCCUGCGAGGGCGACUCAGGAGGGCCACUGAUGAGCCUCAAUGGGAUGAUUAUGGAGAUUCUUGGUAUCACAAGCUUCGGAGUUAAGCAAUGCGGCAUGAAGGCAAAUCCAAGCAUCUACACUAAUGUACACCUCUACCUUGAUUGGAUCAAAAGUCAAAUCAGAGAAUAAGAAAUGCAUUAAUGCGUACAUACAGUGUUUAAAAAAAAACAAACGAUCUCGUGAACCAUCUAAUAUUGAUUGCAAGCAACAGAGCCUUUGAAAAAUGCUAAGUUAUUUAACCUUAGAAGCAAAAUGGACAUGAAAAUAUAAACAGAUCAUAUUUUCUUGUCCCGUAAAACGCCAUUUGAAGACAUGACCCACCUACUUUUAAUACGUGAUGUAAGAUGUGUCGUUAUCCAUGCCUCAUUCUAUGUUCAAAUUUUAAUUUAAAAAGAUAGGAAAGACUUGAAAGGAAACCUUUCUAUUUUGGUUAACCCCGAACAUUUAUCCAACAUCGAUUGCUAAUUAAAAGACAUUCAUUAAAGGGUGAAAAAACUGUCUUAAAUCGUAUUUAUAGAGUUAUCCUCACACUCGGUGUUCAUAACAUCCAUCGGCCAACUCAGUAACCGUCUCGGCAUAUGCAAGGCAGACAAGAAUUAUUGAGUGUCCUAUGUCUUAUACACUAACCAUAGGGAUAAAAGCGGUGAUAAUUCUUAAAGCAUGCACCUAGGGAGCGCCAAAAUCGACGGCAUAUUAGUCAAUUGACCGCCUCUUGAUUGAACUCAUGAUUCACGUAGAAUCAAUUAUUAAACAUUAGAUAGGUAUAUAAAAUAAAUAAUAAAUUAAAAGCCUUUAUUCUGUACACAUUUUUAGAUGCUUUAAAUAUAAAAUGAAGGCGCCUUUAUAUGAAUAUCGGCAAACGGUUUGCUACAGCUUGUCUUCCGAUAAAGGCCUCAUCCAAAGAUUUUCAUUCUGUCCUGUCAAAAAAAAGACUAAAAUAUGUCUUAGAUUGGUCUCUGGCCUUGGUGUCUGAAGAACCUUCCAAGCUUGUUACUGCGUUUAUACUACACCUUCUCGGAAAGUGGCUUCGUAUUUACAUGACAACUGGGCCAAAAGUGCGUUAUUCACAAAGUGAAUUUGUGGGUUUGUUUUUUUGUUUUACUGUAUGAAAUUUUUGACUUUUUUGUGACGGAAAACGGCCAGUUACAUUUCCACAUCGUCCGUCGGCUAGUAGCUAACAUUUCCAAGGGCUGUCACAAAACUUGCUAUAACAUUACGAUGAACUCUAACUGACUGUAGAUAAAUUACUACCUUAUACUAUCAGUAAUUAGCUGUCAAUAAUCUGAAGCUGUCCCAAUAUACCCGAUUCUUAUCGCCUUAUAUUGGGACGCGUGAAUUGCAAUUUCAAUACAAACUUCUAUCGCUGGUAAGCUAUACGUCCUCCCAUUCACGUCGAUAAGUUUAUUGGGACAGAAAAGUCAACGACAGUUACAAUUUUUAUCUCAAGUAGGCCACAACCGGAGAUAACCUGAAUAUUGGGAACGGCCGUUAUUGGGCUUUUUACUACUCGGAUCACAUAAAUGAAUAAAGAACAUAAUAUAGACCUAUGACUGGAAUAAAACCGACUGCGUAUAUCUACCUCAAGAAUUCCUCACGCUCCUAGGUAUGUUUUCGUACAUACAGCGCAGAGUAACGCAGCCUGGUCAAGUUACCAUUAAUUGUAUUUAUUACAAAAAUGGUAAUGGUAACUGAUAAAUUAUUUUGAAAAUAUUUAAAUAAUUAUAAUAUAGUAUACAUUUUAUGAAGUGGCACUAGCAUAAUAGUAGGAUUUUUAUUUUGUAUCUUGUUACUAACCCAAGAGCGACACAUACGAAUAAAAUACUUUGUAAACUGAA